GGGAGGAGCAGGGGGAGGCGCGGGAUAAAGGCGCGCUCUCCCCGGCGGCGGGGCGGAGGCAUCAUGGCCGCGAAGUCGGACGGGCGGCUGAAGAUGAAGAAGGGCGGCGAGGUGGCGUUCACGCCUCUGCAGAACUCGGACCACUCGGGCUCGGUGCAGGCGCUGGCCCCGGGGCUGCCCUCGGGCGCGGGGCCGGGCGGCGGCGGCGGCGGCGGCGGCGACGAGGCACCGGGGGGCGGCUGCUGCAGCGGCAGCGGCGGGGACGGCGGCUCCAGCUGCUGCGGCGGGGGAAGAGGCGGCGGCUCCCGGGGCUCGGGCGGGGGCUCGUCGGCGCUGUGCCUGCGGCUGGGCCGGGAGCAGCGGCGCUACUCGCUGUGGGACUGCCUGUGGAUCCUGGCCGCCUUGGCCGUGUACUUCGCCGACGUGGGCACCGACGUCUGGCUGGCGGUCGAUUACUACGUGCGGGGCCAGCGCUGGUGGUUCGGGCUGACCCUCUUCUUCGUGCUGCUCGGCUCCCUCUCCGUGCAGGUGUUCAGCUUCCGCUGGUUCGUGCACGACUUCAGCACCGAGGACAGCGCCGCCGCCGCCGCCGGCCACUGCCCGACCGCCGAGAGCAAACUGUUGGUGAGCAGCGGCUCGGCGGCCGGGGACAUGGACGCCCCUCGCCCCUGCACGCCGCAGAGGCAGGCGUCCAACGCCAGCAAAAGCAACGCCACCACGGCCACCACCAGCAGCAGCAGCAGCAGCACCAGCGGCGGCAGGGCCGGCAAGAGCAGGUCCGCCUCCUGCGCCUUCUGCAUCUGGCUCCUGCAGUCCCUCAUCCACAUCCUGCAGCUCGGGCAGAUUUGGAGGUAUUUCCACACGAUAUACUUAGGUAUCCGCAGUCGACAAAGUGGAGAGAACGACAGAUGGCGGUUUUAUUGGAAAAUGGUAUAUGAGUAUGCAGAUGUGAGUAUGCUGCACUUGCUAGCCACGUUUCUGGAAAGUGCACCACAGUUGGUUCUGCAGCUCUGUAUUGUUGUACAGACUCGUACUCUACAGGCUCUCCAAGGUCUUACAGCUGCAGCAUCUCUUGUGUCCCUGGCUUGGGCUUUGGCUUCCUACCAGAAAGCCCUUCGUGACUCCCGCGAUGACAAGAAACCCAUCAGUUAUAUGGCUGUUAUAAUCCAGUUUUGCUGGCAUUUCUUCACAAUUGCAGCUAGGGUCAUUACUUUUGCUCUCUUUGCCUCAGUUUUCCAGCUGUACUUUGGGAUCUUCAUAGUCCUCCACUGGUGUAUCAUGACCUUCUGGAUCGUCCAUUGUGAAACAGAGUUCUGUAUCACUAAAUGGGAAGAGAUAGUGUUUGAUAUGGUUGUUGGGAUUAUCUAUAUCUUUAGCUGGUUCAAUGUCAAGGAAGGAAGGACACGUUGCAGGCUCUUCAUAUACUAUUUUGUGAUCCUUUUGGAAAACACUGCCUUGAGUGCUCUCUGGUAUCUGUACAAGGCCCCACUGAUCUCUGAUGCUUUCGCCAUACCAGCACUGUGUGUGGUGUUCAGCAGCUUUUUAACUGGCAUUGUUUUUAUGCUGAUGUACUAUGCCUUCUUUCAUCCCAAUGGACCAAGAUUUGGGCAGUCGCCAAGCUGUGCUUGUGAGGACCCUGUCGCUGCCUUCACCAUGCCCCCAGAAGUGGCAACAAACACUCUAAGGUCUAUCUCUAACAAUCGGAGUGUCACAAGUGAUCGGGAUCAGAAAUUGGCAGAGAGGGAUGGGUGCGUGCCUGUCUUCCAGGUAAGGCCCACUGCACCUUCAACACCUUCAUCCCGGCCGCCAAGGAUUGAAGAGUCAGUCAUUAAAAUUGAUCUGUUCAGGAACAGAUACCCAGCCUGGGAGAGACACGUGUUGGACAGAAGCCUGAGGAAGGCUAUCUUAGCUUUUGAAUGUUCCCCCGCUCCUCCACGGCUACAGUAUAAAGACGAUGCCCUUAUUCAGGAGCGCUUGGAAUAUGAAACCACUUUAUAAAAAAUAAUAAAGACUUGAGGAAGCUACAAAGUUACAGUCCAAAUUAAGGGUUGACAGUAGGGCUGUGGCAAUAACUAAAUUGCAUACUACAACAGAGCAGCAAGUGGUAGUUUUCAUAGUCUGGCUAUCAUCAUGAUUAUCAUUUGAUCCUCUGUCUGCAGUCUGUCUGCAGUUCACUUAUAAAGCAGCAUCACCUGAGAGCCUCAAAAAACCUAUUACUUCAGCAGGGAAAUAGACCCAGCUCAUGACUCCUUGCUGCUAUGAAACUCUGCUACACAAUACUUACGAUCAACAGGAAGAUUCUGAUGAGAGCUUUCAACUUUAACCAGUAGUGCAUUUUACUUUAGAAAUGAGUGAUUGAUAUUUGCUUAUUUAAUGACAAAAAAAUUGUCAAAAUAGCUUAGCUGUACCAGGCAAUGUUGCUGUUAUAGAAACUCUGGUUUCUGCAAAAAUGAUAGGAGUAUAAUCCUUAAAUCUCCAGCUGAUACACCAUUCAGUUUAGAAUAGAUUUGCAAAAUAGUUCUCAAUCAAAAAAGUACACUGUCAUGUUUGCAAGCCUAUCAAAGGAGAGUAAACUAGAGUCUGAUUAAUCAGGUAAUAAGCAUUAGUACCAACAGAACUGCUAGUUUUCUAUAGAAUUCAAGAUUCAUUUUAAUUAAAAUUUCAGUUACUUUUGACAGAAAUCCUAUGCAGCUCACCUCUGGCUUUCAGCAGGAACAAGGAGCUCUAGCCCUUAGUGAUGUAAAUUAAAUGAUAAUCAUGAUUCAGUGUUCAAUUUGCAAAAACUGGAACAAGGAAAAGAAAGAACAAGGAAAGUGUGGGUUUCAUACUCUGAACUUUUGAGGACCAUGUUCAGAUUCUGAGAGGAAAGCAUCAGGAUAUGAACACAUUGUAACUUAAAUCUGUUUCAGGACUCAGAAUGCAUGGCUCUGUGUGUGAAUGUAUGCAGGUGUGAUAAAAGACGCAACAUGCCGUAUCCUUCUAGUGCCAAACACUGUAUAACUACAAGAUUGAUAUUGUUGCCUGAGGGACAGAAAAUGAAUGGCAUGAGGCCUACAAGAGCAGGAAGCAGGAAGGAACAAUCAAGUUCUCCACAUGUACAGACAGCUCUGUUUUUUUCCCCCACUCAAGGUGAAAGUGAUGUCUUUUAGAGGCUUUCAGCCACCUGUUAGUAAGUAUAUACAGUCAAGUACAAUUAAACCAAGCUAUGUGGAAGACCCUCUUGAAACUAUUCAAGACAUGGUUCCAUAUCUAUCUAAAAAUGAUGUUGACUCACUUGUAAAAUGAGUGUUUUUGCUGCAAGCUUCUGGGUUUUAAAUACUAUACCUCCCUAGGUAUGAUCAAGUCAAUGGUACCUUCUUUCUGUUAAAAGUAUCCCCUGAUGGUGCUUUCAGUUGCAUUAAAGAUGCAAGUCAAAAUUUGAUAGUAUUUUUUUUAAAGCUGGUGCAGAGUGAAUAACUCAUGGAUUAUUUCAAUAUUUUUGUAAAGUAAAAAUAUGGUAUAUAAUAACGGUGUUACUUUUUAUAAACCGCAAAUCUUUUAAUACAUCUCAUUCUCUUUAAUAAGAUAGAAUUUAAGAACUGGUCCACAAAUUAUAUCAACUGGCCUCCACAGAUUGAUGUAAACAUGUUUUUCACACAUUAUGGAUUUAUUUUGCAGUGUAAUGCCAUAUGAAAGCCUACAUGGGUACUUUUAGAAUAUUCCAUAAAAAGUGAAUCCUGUUUCAAGUAUAGGUGGGUUAUAAAGACACCAAAGGGUUUCCAUGAGAAACAACUCGGUAUAACUAUGUCCAUCCAUUUUAGGAAAGUGGAGCACAACUGUUUUAAGCAGCAUUGUCAGAGUGGAGAAGAGCUGUGAUUUUGAUAUUUUAACCACUGUCAGGUAUAUUAAGUGUAGUCACUGCUGUAUAUGUUCCUGGAUACGUUUAGUCUUUCCUGUUAUAAUAUUUGUAAUAUGAAAUAAUAGAAGUUACAUUGCAUAUGGUUUCUUUGUGUACAUUCAAUUAGCCAUUUUCAGUACUUACAUAAUUUUUUUAUUGCUGAAAUGUUCAAAAUCUGUUGUUCUUUGGUAGGGGCAAGAUCCUCAAAACAAAAUAUCUCUGAAAGGGCAGGAAUCUGCAGGAGAGAAAAAUAGCAAAAUUUUACUGUGACCAGAAAAAUUGCCCAAGUUCGAAGAUUUGCAUAGAUGUUUGCAAAUUAAGCAGUAGCCAGUUGCAUGCAUGGUCAUUUUUAAAUGAAAUGAUCAUUUGAUAGUUAGAACAUGAAAUCUUAUAAGAAGUGAUUUCCCCCUUCCACAGGGGUUCACCUGAUUAUUCAAUAGACAUUAUUCUGAAUUUGUCAGAAAAUACACUGCUGCUACAACCAAUUAAAAAGUUUUGGGGAAUCAAGUCCUUUGUUUAAUCAAAUUCAAUAGAGCUUUCAUUCCAUAAGCACACACCAGAUCAACACGUAAAAGAAAUGAUGUCUAUACAAACCAAGCAGCCCAAGUUUUUCUUACCUGAAACAUCAGGGACUAGAUUCACAAUGGCUAUGUCCAGCCUUUAAGCCACACUGGCAUUCACAAAACCACAGUUCAGCUACCAUUUAGUCCUGCAGGUGCUAAAAUCCCUAAGUACCUACAUUUCAGCUAUUAAAGUCCCUGAGGUCCCUCACAUUCUUCUGCUGGGCAUGCAAACAGUCACCUAAGUUCUGACACCACUAAGCAGCUUGGCAUCAUAAGCCCCAGUGGGAUUCAUAAACUAGGCUCUCCCCAGCUGACUCAAGCUGGUAGGCAUGUUCAGAGUAUGCCUAACCUCACAAAAAAGACAACCUGUGGAGGAGAUGGUUCCCCUUACUUUUACCAGUAGUCAGCAUGCUCACUUUGCGUGUGUGAGACCAAGGUUCAAAUCCCUUCUCUACCUGCUGUAGAGCAGGGAUUUGAACACAGGUCUUCACUCUUCCAGAUGGGAGCCCUAACCAUUGGACUAUAGGGUAUUCUGGGAUGAGUCUGUGAAUUUCUUCUAUUGGAGCUGUUCCACCACCUUUCCCUCCUCCUGGGUUAUUCCUGAGAAAGGACUAAUCUGGUUUAAGUGCCUAACUCAGGGAGAGGGCUCACAGUUGUAAAUCCCAAGUGGAGACAGGCACCUUCCUCCUGCCCAGAGUUAGGUGCCUAAGUCUCUCUGAAGCCCCACCCCUCUCCUUAGCCUUUCCUUCUGGCUAUCUUAGGUAGCUCCCUGCUCUGCUUGCUGGCUUCUAUUAAUCUCUUCUUUAGGCACCUAACUCUCCCCAUUCAUUGAAUAAGUGCCUACCGUGGGAUUGUGCAUUCCACUAGGUGGCAGGGUGCCUAAAAGUUAGGUGUUGCAAUGCUGAGCAUUUUAACUCCUAAGUCUCCCUUGUGAAUCUAGUUCCAAGUCUUUUGAAAACGAUACUAGAUAUUGACAUCUACUGGAAUAAUUAAAAACCUGCACAUGUGAAAACAGUGUGCCGUGCUUUUCCAAAUCCUAAAUCUAAGUUUUGGUGAGGCUUACAGAAGCACUUUGUUUAAAGGAACUUUGUCAAAGUCCAAACUUCGCAUCACAAGAUUUUUGCUUUGGGUUUUUUACUUUCUAGAGUUCAGUUUCUCUAGUCUGCCACCAUUUUUUUUUCUAGCAUGCAUAGCCUCUCUCUAGAAAUAAAUCCAGUUGUGUUCAUGGAGAAAGAAGCAUUUUAUAGUAAGUAAAAUUUUGAUCCCCCAAAACUUCAUUUGUCACAUUCGUCAAUAUCACUGAUAGUUGGAAAGCGAUCAGAAUACACAUUAAAAUCUAUCUUUGCAAUGAACUACAUAGACUGACUGUUUUGCCAUGAACAGUCAAGCUAAAUAGUGGUAAGAACAUUUUUUUAGGAGUUCUCUCUGUUAAACACAGCCCAUUCCAGAAACCUCAGUACGCCUUACGAAUAGUUAAUAAUGGACAUGCACUAUUCUUUUUACCACAAAUGAUAGUUUUAGGAUUAACCAAUAAAGUUCAAGUAGGAUGGCAACAGAAAAAACUAAAUGUUAAAACUUAAGCUUUUGCUUUUGAAGUAAUCAAAAAUCAAUUCUUUAACAUUCCAUUGCAGAAAAACAGGAAAAUGAUAUAAAACACAUAAAUAAAUGAAAGCUCAAAAUUAUGCUCUGGUGGAGGAAAAGUAUUGUACUGUCUCUGUGUGUUAGAAAUUAAUUUCACAUUAGCCUUGUCUAGUGAGCUGUGCACAUUUACCAGUGGAUCUAAAUGAAAUGGAGCAGUUUAAACACUGUCCUGAAACAUGGGCAUUUUAAAGUUUAUGGGUUUAUAUGUUUCAGAAAAGACCAUUUAAAUAACUGCAAACCAGUCAUUUAAGCACUAACACUGAUCUUUGAAAAGGGAUUCUUUAUCAUUUUAACAUGCAGUAUGUUAUAUAAAUAUUUAGUUUUCAUUGUUAUCAUAAAUAUUCACCAUUUGCCUAUUUGUUUCUAAAAAAGCUUUUCAAGUGAUUCUUCAUUGUUCAUCUUUCCUUGAAGCUCAUCAAAAGCCUUAAAAAAAACCAACACACUUCCUGGAGUGGUAUUUGGCUACAUCAUUGCUUCAGCUAACAAAGUUGCUAUUGUUUUGCUGCUCACUCUCUGAAGUGGUGCAGUUCAAUGUGACUGAGAUGCCUCAAUUUACCCUGUGACUGUCCCGCCUCUUGCACUGGCCUGCACAAUGCCAAGGAAAUGACUUCAGCAGAGUGCUGGGUUUGGAGUGCUGCCUCUGUUGCCCCUGUGCAUGGUAGGAAGCGGAGUAAAUUGCAUUCAUCCAAACUGAACGGACAGACAAGAAUCCAUCUGAACAAGCUUAUUUCGGCUGAGCUGCUGCAGAAGGUGCAUGACGAAAAUAAUCACAACAUGUGCCCGUGAAUUAACAGGCUCAACACUGUAAUUACUAAUUCUAUAGUACAACAGCACAAAAUGUGGGAAGAAUUAUAUAAAAACACAAUGAGCCAUUUAAAUGUUGCUAAUUGUAGCAAUUAGGCUAACUCACAUGAAGCCUGCGCUCUCAGCAGAAAGCCAAAUGGAAUAGGUGGCAAACAUACAUUUAUACACUAUAAACAACAUGUUAUGAAAUUCAUCCUCAAUUGUUAUAGAAAAAAUGUCUGUUUAUUAUACAUAUGGAUCCUUUCCUCUUCAUUCUGCUACAACAGAUAAUAUUUAAACUGAGAACAGAUCAGUUUAAAUCUAAGAACAGUCAGAUCUGAAUACGCAAUUCUGCAUUUGCACUGUUCCCAUAUUUCUUCGUGUUCACUUUGGUUUUUUUUUUUAAACAGGUUACUGCAAUUAGUAUGAAUGAAUAAAUUUUUAGAGAAAUUCUGUAUCAGUUUUACUCAUUUCUAAACUGCUGCAGUGAUCUGUUUCCAAGAUGAUUUACCUGUUCAAUCAAACGCAAAUUUCACCGUAGAACUGAGGGCAUGAUCCUGCAAAAACUUGUUUAUGCAAAUCGUCCUUAUAGGAAUAAUCUCACUGAAUUAAAUUCUAUGUUGAUAUUUUGCAAAGACUUUUGUAGCCCAUUGGACCUGAUUCUGAUCUCACUUGUUUUACAGUGGUAACCUCAUUGUCUUUAGUGGAAUUUCUCCUGAUAUGCAUUGAUGUAAAAGAGAUCAGAAUUAGGGCCAUUGACUUCAGUGGACAAUUUGCAUGAGUAAGGAUGACUUUUCUGGGUAAGGAUUUGCAGGAUCAGGCCCUCAGUCUGCAUUAUUAGCUCCACCCUGAAGUCAGCUGGAGCUUUGCUGUGGACUCUGAUGACAGCAGGAUCAGGACUUAAUAUCGCUCAACUAUGGCAGAAAACUGCACUCUAGAUUUAGUGAUGCUACUCAUUUUUCUCUUUUCAGUGCUGACACUAAUAUAGCUGUAGUUAGUCUGGUUGACAUUUUUUUAUUUGUUGAUCUAUUCCUGUUAAGUGGACUUUGAAAAAUGUCUAUCCAACUUCAGUCAUUUCAAAUUAACAUUGUACGGUUUACUCUGGAACAGAACUAACAAAUUUAUCAAAAGUAACUUCAUGUAAAUAUUGGAGUUCAAGCCUGCAGUUAUGUUUUAGAUUUCAUUAUUAGGACUUACUUACUUGUGCUGGGAAAAUCUAGUACACACUAGUAAGGCACAUGUCUAGUCUGGAUCCUGGAGGGAAGAUGCCAGAUACACAAAUAAGUAUAAAGAAUAGGAGUACUUGUAGCACCUUAGAGUCUAACAAAUUUAUUUGAGCAUAAGCUUUCGUGAGCUACAGCUCACUUCAUCGGAUGCAUCAGACUAACACGGCUGCUACUCUGAAACAAAUAAGUAUCUGGCUGAUGGAGGGACACAAGGGGGCUGAAAGAGACGUCUGUCGGUAAGCUCUGCGGGCUCAGAAAGAUGCAUUCUCCAGCAUGUGUACGGAGUAAUUUGUGCCAUCCACACGUCUAGAAAUUAUGGUAUGGGGUAAUUUUGGGACCAAGGCAUUUUAGCUAUAUUAUAGAAGAGUUGUGGGUAUCACAUUUGGAGGUUAGGGGGUUGCUAGGAUUUGGUAAGAUAAAUUACCAAAUAACAGAAAAUUCGCAUGUAAUAGAUAAAAACAAUUCACUAUUCAUAAAAAACACUUAGCCAAAACUUUGUUCUCCAGAAAUGAUUAGGACAAGGUCAAUUUAAAAUGUACCUGCUAAUACAUGUGGAAACUACAGUAGCGGAGCACUAGCUGUGCCUAAAACAGAUAUGCCCUUCAAUUGUACAGGUAUAUUGCAUCCCCUUACUUCAGCCCCUGGACAGGGAUAUUUGCUUCUGGUCUCUUAGUCCAUGGGCAGUUACCCAUGGUCUGGGAGCAAAAAAACCUCCAGAUCCAAUCAGUGGCUAUUAUGCAACUGUUCUGCAUUUCCAGCAGGUGGAACAAGUUAGCUGGAGCUCUGAUGUACUUCCACUCCAGCCACAAUGUGCCCACUUCUGCUGGCAGCGGUUAGAAAGGUCUGGUUCAAAGGUAAACAGACCCUGUACAGUCUAGUGCAGCAUGUGGAAUAGUCACUGCUCCACUGGGAAGUCUGCCUAUGGCCUGUGGAAGUUGCGUGCUAAUGACUCACUCCAUGGGUAUGCAAUAAAUAGGCCUGAAUAUUUACCCUGAACGAUACUGUUUAUGAAGAUUGUUUGUUUGUUUUUCUUACACAAACAAUGGGCUCACAUUGGGGCUAUAUCAAACACACAGGUAUAAAUUAUUUUUUUUUUUUGGAUUAUACAUGUGGGGAUAACGAGUGUAUACACACACACACACACACUUUGUGUUCUGCAAUUCCCAAAGUGUUGGACGGGAACAUUUGUCAAUGGAAAUAGAUUUACACAAAGAAUUUGUAAUAGAAUUACACUUCUUUUUUUCUUCCUUGAUGUUGUAUUUUUUACUCACUGUAAAAACGCUCUCUAGCACAAGCGUGUGCUAUAGGAAGUCACUGAAGUGUUUCUGGCAAACUGAAGAGCUACAGGGUAUGAAUUGGUUGGUAACUAGCAUCUGAAAACAUUUUAUGUUUCUCCUGGACCUCAGCAUUUGACAUAACAAACUAAUUUUAAUGCUCCAGGACUCUUACCUUUGCCUGAGCUCUAAGGACCUUAUCCAGCUUCCCCUGAAAUCAGUGGGAGGCGUUUGGCUAAUUUCAGUGGCCUGUGGAUCAGGUCUGAAAGAUUCAGUCCCAGAGUACUGCUCAAUCCUGAGAAGUGCUCAGCCCCCUCAAUUCCCAGGGAAGUCAGCAGGAGCUGAGCGCACAGCAGGAUGUGUUCAGAAUCGUGCUGGAUCACACCCUACAUUUAAAAUGAUGGUAACUGUGAAUUUAGUUAUCUGGCAGAUCCUAAUGCCAUUAUAUGUUUAGAUUAUGUUAAAUACAAAUGUGAAAGCAUUAUGUAUACAUUAGUGGCAAUAUUCUGUCUGCACACCAACAGUGUACAGUCUGUGCAACUGAGAGUAGAAGUUGCCCUUUAGGGCUCAAUCCUGCUCUGACUGAUGUCAAUCGUCAAAGUCUCAUUUGACUUCAUUAAGAACAGAAUUGGCCCCUAACACAGAAUAGUGCAGAAGUUACAGAGUAAAAUACAGAGUAAAGAGUUUUCACAAUGGAAAUGAGUCUGCUGCUAAUAAUGCUGUACAAGUGUAAAGAGACAAAGUACUUCGGUGCACAUUAGCAUAGCUCCAGUGGCUUCUGGCAUAUGCCAUCUGAAGAUCUCACCCUGGUUAGAAUCCAAAGCCUAUGUGAAAGGGAGAAAACAUGUCAGGGCUUGUCUACACAGCAGGGUAAUGGACUCUAUGAGGUUUAAUGUUGUGCAUUAAGUGGUCUGUGUAGCCCUUACUGGUGCACAUAAAGGGUCCCUCCGCUCUUUAUCGUAAUGCUGUGUCAAACAACACUGUGUAAAAAGUGCACCGGCAGGGGCUCCAUGGGCAAGUUCAUGUACAACAUGUUAGUGCGCUUGCGACGUCCCACCCCCAUAAAGUGCAUUACCCCACUGUAUAGACAAGCCCUCACAAAUCAUUGGUUUCCUUGAAAGUUCAAAUAGCCAUCCUAAGCUUUUGAUUUCAAGAGACAUUGCAAAGACCUCUCAGCCAAACUUACAGUGUCUUUAAAGUUGCACAUAUUUAUUCUUGUAGCGCAUUUCGUGUUUCCGUGUGUUGAGAGGGUCAAAAAAUAUACUGAGCCUUCCAAGGCUAAAUUAUUAAAAAACAUUAAUCUGGGAUUUUGAUCAAUCUUUAGUAAAACAGUUCUGCUUGGGUGAGAAUCCCUCAUGUGCAGAGGGUUCCACAGAAGGCUGAGCACUACUUAAGUGCCACUUAAGGCCUCAAACAUAAAUAAUACAUAUGCCUUGUGCAGGCUUUUGCACAGCGAUGAAUUUCUCCCUCUGUAUUUACAACAUCAUCGUCUUCUUAUUAAUGAUUAUGAUUAUUUCUGUUUUACAAACUGUAGAAUAUGUGGGGGGGGGGGGAAUCCAGGGCCUGAUUCUCAUUUACACUAAGGCCGUUUUAUGCAGUGUAAGGGGGCCUGAAUGUAAAUGAGACUCAGGCCCUAAGUCUCUGACAGCUCGUUGUUUUUGAUCUAUAUUAAAUUCUAAGUCUAGUGAACUAUCAUCAUAAGGAAUAAUAAAGUGAUAACUGCAACAGAGAGAGCAAAGUUCACUUUUAGUGUUUUGGGGAGACUGUUGUACAAUAUCUAAUGCUGGUAGUUUAAUAAAAAAGAUGGGGAAUAGAAGAUGCCUCCAGUUAUAGUUAAUCAUCUAAAAUGCUAAGUAAAAUAAAAUGCACACUAACCUGUAGAAAACAGUGAAAGAAUCAUAAAUACUCUUGCAAGCUGUCCAUGCACACAACUCCCAUGCAGGGGUUGCAGGAUUAGGUGCUAAAUAUAAAUAUUAAAUUUGGUUAGUCAAAGAAAACAGGACAAAUAUCAGCAGAGACAUUAGGAGGCCCAAUUCCCCACUGCAUUGCUCCAGUAAAUGCCCCUGGAAUGCCACUAAAAUCAAUAGAGCUACAGUGCAUAACUGGAGUAACCAGUGGUGAAUGAGGCCCAGUGUGUUUUUAGUUUAAUUUUGAUUGCAGAAUACUAUAAGGAUUUGUUGUCACGCAGCUACUGUUGCCAGAUAUACAUGUUUUAAAAGGAGAGAGGAGCUAGUCCAUGCAUUAUGUAGUAUGGAAAAUAUCAGAUGCAUAUAUUUUAAGGGAAUGUUACAUCUGCCAAUUUAAAUGCAACACAAGUGCACAUUAGGGGAUAUUUCAAAAAUAUUUUUAAUGUCUUACUAGUGCAUCUAUGUAUAACUAAUUUAAUUAAGCCACAGGUCACUAACAUAUCAAAGAGCCAUGUCUUUGUUCUCUCUUAUUCUGCAUUAUUUUCAGUGCACCCGUGUCUUAACCUGUUUGAUGAGAAUUAAAACACAUAUUAUAAAGCUAAGGAGGAAACCACUGGCAUGCUCACUAAAGACUCUUGAGUCUGCAGUUACAUUAUGUAUAUCAAGAAAGCCCUUACACGAGUGGGCCUAUUGUCUUCUUGAAGGUAUGGGAUAACUCAUGCUUAAAGUUAAGUGCAUGCUUAAGUGCUUUGCUGCAUUGAGUUUUAUGUGUACAAUACCUAUGAGUUCCAGAUCUGAAUGGUCAUAUUAAUGACAGAGUUGAAAAGAUGUGAUAGCUUUCCAAUGAGAUCUGAAUUAUAUACAUAUGAAAGGUGAAAGUGGCCCAAUACUGCUGUAACAUGCAAGGGAGGGAAAAGGGCAAAAGAAGGAGGCGCGCUACCUCCUCUCACGCACACACAUGUGAGGCAGAAUCUCUGCAGCAGAACUCAACAGAGCACAAGGGGAAAAACUGGCUAACACACCAGCCUGCACACCAUAACACACAGAAGCAUGGAGGUGUCCAUUUUAGGUAGCCUUUUCCCCUCCAGCCAGUUAAUGCAUGUGCUGUGGUCAGCAGCAAAUACUAGCCAUAGGCACACUUUGCUCCUGCUCUUAGGAAAAUCAAGGUAUAUUUCAUAGCUCAUUCCCUGCCCCAAAACUCCUCAUGGAGUACUUCCCUGGCCAGCUGGAGACAUCUCACUGAUGACACAAGACGUUCCUCUGUGCUUCCUCUCUCUGCCCUGGUCAGGGCAGGGUUUAGCCCAGAGUCCGCGCUAUGUGAACAAUAAAAAAAUCUUCUUUAUCUCAGCAGCAAGGGCACCCGUCACUAUUAAUACACUCAUGGUGCCAGCAUGUAUUUGCUGAUGCUAUUGAUCCCCACUUUUCUAUUUUUACAGAAACACCUUGGAACUUGUCAAAUGUUACUCAAGGUGAUUUGCAGUUAAUUAAUUCAAGAGACAUUUUAAUUUUGCAGAUUUAUGACUUUUAAUAAUGUAAUCAAGCUACUGCAAGCAAACAUUAAUCAGUUAGGAGGAAAGAACCUCAUUGUUAGCUUUGUGCCAUACUGUGCCUAGGGCUGGAGAGAGAAAGAAACCUACAAGAAAUAUGUUAAUAAAUUCAUACUGCCUAAUUUCGCAUCAUUCAUCUUAUGAAUCAUUCAGCCAUUUGAUUUGUUUCAUACACGUAAGAAGUUGUAUUAAAAAUGGAUUGGUGGGAAUGGCUCAGGGUACUGGGAAUGAGACACACAACCUUGCCACUAGAUCAUCUGGUCAACUAUGGCCAAGCUCAACAAUGACCAAAAAGGCAUUUCUAGCUCAUGACUUCAUCAGCCUUUGUGAAGUGAUCAGUUCCUAGUGGAGAAAAGUCCACAUAACAGAAGUACGUGGCAACCUCAGCACUGAGGCCAAGGAUUGAAUGGACCUGGGGAGAAUAUACUUUCACCCCAGCAAUGGUAACACCAGAUCAGGAUGUAGGCACUCUGGUAUGGGGCAGAGUGGGGAAAGUCUCUACUGGUGCCUGUACCAUACCUGUUCUGUGAAUAAGGAAAGAAGUUUACUCAGCAAAGUACUUACUCUAGUACCUUUCACAAGCACUGAAAUGGUAGGACGGUAAAUUUUCAAUGCAAUUUGUAAAAAGAGCAUUGAUGAAACUAGCACAAAUCAAUAGUGACUGAAAAUGUUCAUUACUAUUUGCUGAUUUAAAGUUGGUCUCACCUCAGUCUAGUUUAUUGCGGAAACAUACCCACAUCAUAACUGACAAUCUCAGCAGAGAGACAUAGGAUUGAGAGGCCAUAGAGGAAGACAAAUGCUCUCUCCAGUCAAGAUAAAGGCACAUUUGUAGAGCAGCGUGGGGAAGAUGGUACUGCUGCUUUCAGUGAAUAAAGAGAGGAGUUCAGUCUCUAGAGCUCUCAAAUUGGUCCCCUUCAUUAGACCUAGGCUUUAGGUACACUGCCGUGCAGUUUGGACUAUGGACGUGUGAAUAGCAGUGUGCACCGAAGUGCUGCACUGUCACUCCCCCGUGUGGAUGCAAACUAAAAGGUUCCCAGCUGACAUUCAGGUAGUCCUGUCGGAAGAGGCCUAUAUUAAUGCGAGCUAGGAACCUUUUAGUUCACUCCUGCGGCAGCCUGAUGGGGAGGAAGGGGCGGGUUACAGUACAACGCUUUGUUGCGCACUACUAUUCACACACCCAUAGGCGAAAACUGCGGGGCAGUGUGGAGAAGCACCUAGAUUCUCUGAACAGCAAUAAAAAAUGGCCCCAGUACCAAAAGGUUAUUUAUUUUAAAAUGCAACUGCUGCUUCCUCUGCUAAUUUCAAUUUGAGGAAAUCUCCAGGUUUUUAAAUGUUUGUAAUUAAUUUGCACAAGAAAGACAGGAUAUAAAAUAUAGCCUUUAAAAUGUCACUUUAUUUCUAUAGACAGUGGUUACUUAUUAACAAUAAAAUACAACACUGUCCUUGCAAACCAUGCUCAUUAGCAGCAAAGAUUUUGUGUGGGUGUGUUGAUUAUUGUUAAAUGUAAAAAUCAAAGAUUUACAGAAAACUAAGAGAUCACAUUAAGUUAAAGGUCAACAAAAAAGUUGUUAUUGUUUCUUUUACUGAGAAGAGAUUCAAGAUGGCUUCUGCCGUCUCAUAAUUUUAAGCUAGACUGCUAAAAUGGACUUUUCCUUUCAUGUGACACUAUAGGCUGAAUGCAUCCGAUGAAGUGAGCUGUAGCUCACGAAAGCUUAUGCUCAAAUAACUUAGUUAGUCUCUAAGGUGCCACAAGUCCUCCUUUUCUUUUUGCGGAUAUAGACUAGCACAGCUGCUACUCUGAAACCUGUAGGCUCAACGUUUUUCAAGUGCUUGUGCAUUUUUUAUGCUUCUAGUUACACAUGCUGUACCCAAUGUGUGCUUUUAGGUUCUGGAUUUGUACAUGCACAUAUCUUGUUUGCGCACAAUCCUCAGUUUCACACUUAUAUCAGCUUGUUUUCUGUGUACAGCUCAGGAGAAUGUAAAAGUGUGCAUGCACUUUUAAAUGUAAAGGCCAAAAAAGAAUAACAAAACAUAAGAAUUAUGGAGUUCAAUGGAAUAAGAAGUUAGAUGGUAAUGGCCUUAUUAUGGUUAGGUGAUAGCCUUAUAGUCUUACAGGGUAGGUGGCCCUUAAUGAUAUUUCUCCUUACUCUUUGAUGUUCUGCUGCUUGGUCAGCUCAGCGUGGAAAGCACUGCUGAAGAAUUUUGCAGCAUGUUAUUCUGUGUCACGAGGUCUGUCUUUCAUAAAAUGAGCAAUUGAAUCAUCCCAGACUGAACCAGCAAUUCGCUUCAGGGUACCACAGCUUUAUGCACCACCUUCCUCUAAGUUUGCAGUGCUGUCAUCACAAGUCUGUUUUGUUUACAAAUUCACAAAAACAAGUUCACAAGAUUUAUCAGUUAUUAUUUUGACUUCUCUGGGAGGUUUUGUUCCUGCAAAACACACAAUCUCCAUAUCCCCAACCUGGUUAGAAAUAUCACAUAAACUCAUGGUGAUGAGAGAAUGAGAAAACUAGUUAUGCCAUUGACAAUACUUUGCUUUCUUAUAACUUACUGCUGAAUAUACCAUGGUUACCCUUACAAACUUGCCAGUUGCCUUAGAUGAUGCCUUAGUUAUUUUGAUAGCUUUGCCUCAGCAUUUGUAGUAGUUGAGGUAAUGAGAAUAGGAAAGUUUAGUUAAUCCUACAAAUACUGAAGUAAUUGUAGUUAUUUUAUUCAAGGCAAAAAACAGCAAGUUUUUAAAGAGAACAACUGUACCUUAAUGCACCACAUCUGUUUUGUAUUAUAUAGAAAGAAAGAAAGAAAGAAAGA